CCGCCGCCCUACGCGUGCGCCGAGUGCGGCCGCCGCUUCCGCCGCCGCACCGAGCUCGCCACCCACCAGCGGCUGCACACGGGGCGGCCGCCCUUCGAGUGCGCCCACUGCGGCAAGGGCUUCUCGUGGAGCUCCCACUUCGACCGGCACCGGCGCGUGCACACGGGCGAGAAGCCCUACGAGUGCGCCGAGUGCGGCAAGCGCUUCGGCCGCACCUCCCACCUCUACCGGCACCAGCGCACGCACGGGACCGCUGCCAGCGCGGGCACCUACAUCUGCACCUACUGCGGGCGCAGCUUCGGCAGCACGCCGCACUUCGAGCGGCACCAGCGCACGCACGCCGGCCGGCGGCCCUACAAGUGCACGCGCUGCGGCCGCGGCUUCGGCGACGGCGCCGCGCUCGUGGCCCACCAGCGGCUGCACCUGGAGGGCGCCGCGGGGCCCUUCCGCUGCGACGAGUGCGGCGCGAGCUUCGGGGCGCGCGCCCAGUACGCGCGGCACCGGCGCGACGUGCACCAGCGCGGCGGCGUGGAGGAGAAGCCGUACCGGUGCGGCGACUGCGGCAAGAGCUUCUCGUGGAGCUCGCACUGGGAGCGGCACCAGCGCAUCCACACGGGCGAGCGGCCCUACGCGUGCGGGGACUGCGGCAAGCGCUUCGGCCGGACCUCGCACCUCUACCGGCACCAGCGCACGCACGCCGGCGGGCAGCCCCACGUGUGCGCCCAGUGCGGCAAGAGCUUCAACAGCACCCUGCACUUCCACAAGCACCAGCGGGCGCACGGUGGGGGCGGGGAGGGGCCCCGGCGUCCUGGCGGCGCCGAGAGGCCCUUCGGUUGCCCGCGUUGCGGGCGCCGCUUCGGAGCCGCCGCCCGGCUCUACCGGCACCUGCGGAGCCACGCGGAGGAGGCGCCGCUGGAGGAGGCGCCCGAGCAGCUGCCGGCCUAUUAG